AUGUCCUUUGGAAGCCAAGUCGAGUCAGUUGACUCGCUGUCUCCGAGCGACGAAGAGUUGGAGAGGGCAGCUUGUGAAUUGGUCUCGAAAGACGUAGUUAUCGACAAAACUGUGUCUCAGCCCCCGUCCUUCACAACUGCAGAUAAGUCGGUAUGCGCUGUAUUAGUGCAUAGAAGGGGAGCGGAGGGGGCUGUGAGAGUCACAGGGCCCGGGACUUCGCAUCCUGUACCAAACGUGAUCACAGGGCCUGACGAAAGCGGCUGGGUUAUUGUUGCAGUGAAAGAAGGCCAAACAUGCAUGUUCCUUGGUGAACCGACAGUCCGGUUUUUCAAAGCUAAACACGAAUGA